AUGAAUUCGACUCUCAAGAAAAUAUCACAGGUCAACGAUGAAGGGGUAAUGGACAUAUCUCCCGGGUUGAAGAGCGCGAUGCACAACUACCUCGCCACCGCUGAUGAGAAAGAGUUCCACACCAACGGGUGGGUGGUCGGCAAUACCAAAAAGGCACAUGGAGAAGGUAAUCGAGGCACCUUUGGCAUUGUGUGCUCCCUCCAGCAAGAGCCGACAAACCAUGUCACUUGGCUGGUGCAUAAGCAGGAACAAAUUAAGGGGACUCAGUUCAAAUGGGGACCCAAAGAGCCUGAGGCGUGCGAUGUUAUGAGGCACUACAAAUUAAACUUUGGCGACAAGUCGACCGUCAAAAAUACGAAUGAAGAGAAAAAUAAGGAGAAGCAGGAGCUAAUCGCAGAACUUCCUACAAAGCUCGCGGUGAAGCUGACGCCAGGGCAGCAAGCGAAAUUGGAGAGAAGCAAGAAACACCUCAACGUAAGUGAGAAAUACUAUAAUGGUGAAGCGGUCGAGGGAAGCGAGGGAUAUAUGGAGAAGUCGGAGUAA